AUGUCAGUUUCCAUCAUGCCAGUCUCCAACACAUCAGGCUCCAACACGUCAAUCUCCAAUAGGCCAGUCUCCAGCAACAUGGCCCUUGCUCCAACACGUCAGUCUCCAACAACAUUGUCCUCCAUGUUACCAAAGAUUGUUCAAAAAUCACGUUUUACGUCACCGAAUCAUCUUAUGUCAAAAUAUUCAAC